AGAUUAGCUAUUCAACGUAUUGUUUCGCCGAUGUGGGCAGCGCACUCCCGUCUGUGGCGAAAGGGCGGCGGCGGCGGCGGUUUGAAGCCGAGAAAGAAGAGAGAUGAGGAGGAAUAUGUCGGCGUGAGGACGUUUUCUUUGUGUCAACGACAGCGAAACCCACAUCGCCAGGUGUGUCCUCAGCCACCUACCUAGUCUGCUUUUCACCUUCAUCACCGCUGUGGAGGUAGCCAUGGCGACCAGCGCCCUGCCAAGUGACAACCUGCCAACCUACAAGCUGGUGGUGGUGGGGGAUGGUGGUGUUGGGAAGAGUGCCCUCACCAUCCAAUUUUUCCAGAAGAUCUUUGUACCAGACUAUGAUCCCACGAUAGAGGACUCGUAUCUCAAACACACAGAGAUAGACGGACAGUGGGCCAUACUGGAUGUGCUGGACACAGCUGGCCAGGAGGAGUUCAGUGCGAUGAGGGAGCAGUACAUGAGGACCGGAGACGGCUUCCUCAUCGUCUUCUCUGUGACGGACAAGGCCAGCUUUGAACAUGUGGACCGAUUCCAUCAACUCAUACUACGGGUCAAAGACCGGGAGGCCUUCCCCAUGGUGUUGGUGGCAAACAAAGUGGACUUGGUCCAUCUGAGAAAGGUCACCAGUGAUCAGGGCCAAGAGAUGGCUGCAAAACAUAAUAUAACUUAUAUUGAAACUAGUGCCAAGGAUCCUCCAAUGAAUGUGGACAAAGCCUUUCAUGAGCUGGUUCGUGUCAUAAGACAACAGGUGCCGGAGCGAAACCAGAAAAAGAAAAAGAAGAUGAAAUGGAGAGCAGAGCGUUCUGCAGGUUCCCACCGGUUCCACUGCGCCAUAUUGUGACCUCCCUCGUCCUGUUCAUCAUUCGUAACGCACACCCACAUACCUUUUGGAUGUCAGGGAACUCCCCAGCAGUGGUCAACGACUGGAGCACAACAGGGUCGCCGAGCGGCUGGAAAAAGUGAAUCUGAAACGUUGGACCGAUGUCCCCUCACCCUUCACAGAGCCUUUGGAGCGAGAGCUGAGCCCUCUCUCCUCAAGUCAUGGUCCCUUUUUCAAACGUCCCUUCCGUCUCUAUUCAACACAGAACUACAGUGUAACUCAACGGUUUCUCAAUCAAGGCCAUCAAUUUAAUUUCAAAUGUGGCACUAGAAGACAGACCCUGGAGGGGGGGAGGGGGG